AUGCAAGAAGUGAUUGAUUACGAUGGCCAAUCUUAAAACUUUAAUUAAUGUCCUAUUUGUUAAGAACAAAAAGAAGAUAAUUUUUAAUUAGGGUGUAAACAUAAAUUUUGCAGGUUUAUUUAUUAAUAAUAUUAGAAAAUGUUUAGAAUAGUAUUUAAAUGCAAAGAUAGAUGAAGGAAUAGUAAUGUAAAUUAAAUGUCCUACCUGUCAUUAUUAACUCUAAUAUGAAGAAGUUGUUAAAAAUAUUUAAUAAAAUGAAUUUGAUAAAUAUGCAAAAUUUAGAACAUUAUAAUUUGGUGAGAAUGAUCCCACUUUAAGACAUUGUCCAAAUAAAUUAUGUGAAUUAUAUGUUCAUUUGGAUUCCAAAAGAUGUUUAUGUGGAUAGGAUAUUUGUGUAGAUUGUGGGAAUAAAUAUCAUGGUCUCAGUAGUUGUGAUGAAUUGAUGGACUAAAUAUUUGUAUUAGAUAGUAGACAAGAAAAAAUUUAAAGAUGUCCAAAAUGCAAAAUUGUUGUACAAAAAGAAGGUGGAUGUAAUCACAUGACAUGUAAGAGAUGUUAAUAUUAAUUUUGUUGGAUAUGCAGAAGAUAAUAUACAUGUAUAUUUUUCAUAAUAAUAUUAUAGCAUAACAUUAUGAUAAUUACAAUUAUUUUUUUGGGUGUCCAAAUAAGUAAUACUCUAAUAGUAUGCCAUGGAAGUAUCCAACAUUAAAUAAAAUAAUGCCUUUUUUAUUGGUCUUCUUAUUAUCACCCAUUUGGAUAGUUUUAGGAGUUAUCGCACUUAUAGCACAUCCUCUCUAUGGAUCCUAUUAUAUAUUUACUCGAUGGGACAAUGAAGCAGUUGGUAGGUAUACUAAUGUAUAAACCUUAGGUUGAGAAAAGUCCAAUUGUUGAUGGUAUUUUUUUUUGUUUAUUUGAUUGGAGGAAUAGUUCUAUACCCUUUUGUAGUUUUGUACGAAUGCAUAAUGAUUAUCUAUUUUUUAGUGUCCUAACUAGUCAGAUUCUAUAAGAGGCUUAGGAAUUUUUGA